AUGACUUUUGCUCUUUCCGUCUUUUUCCCGCCUCUGUCUUUCCUUUCCUGUCAUCCAUUAACUAGUCAUCCACGUUUACAUUUAAACUUCGUUAUUCUCUCGUUACAGUCAUUUUCGUCUGGUCUCGCUACAGUCAUUCUCGUCUGGUCACGUUACAGUCAUUCUCGUCUGGUCACGUUACAGUUAUUUUCGUCUGGUCUCGUUAAAGUUGUCGUCUGCUCUCGCUUUGUUUUCUCUGUUUUCAUUCUUUCUCCUUCACUCUCUCUCUCUCUCUCUCUCUCUCGCUUUUUAAAAAAAAAUUAUUCAUGUCUUGUCCAAAAACGGUCUCAUUUGACUUCUCUUCUCGUUUUCCCAUGCAUUACUCUUUCUUCUUACCCAUUCUCGUCUACUAUUUCGACAUAUUUCCGACACUGCCCUUUUCUUCUCUUCCCGAAAGCCUUUACAAUUUUUUCCACUGCCAUUGCUACAACUUACCUUGACUUUUGUCUUGUAAUUUUCUCUCUCUCUCUCUCUCUCUCUCUCUCUCUCUCUCUCUCUCUCUCUCUUUCUGUAUCUCUCUAG